AGAAUGUAAUUACAUAUGUAGGAGCUACAAGGAAACAUUGAAGGCGAGCAAAAGAGAGCUGGAAGCAAAAAGGAGAGAGGAUUAACAACGCUUGUUUAAAGAAGGAAUAUCUUUUCACUAUAAUGGAGAUCCCUGACUUUUCCUCAAUGAAACUGGAUAGCCGGCCUGAGCUGAUUGAUUUUGAGGGUGUUUCCAUGACCUGCUAUUUUACUGACAACUGGGAAAAAGUGAAAAAUUUUCAGGCAAGACCUGAUGACAUUCUAAUUGCCACUUACCCUAAAGCAGGUACCACCUGGGUUUCAUACAUACUUGACCUUCUAUACUUUGGCAAUGAAAGUCCAGAGCGUCAGACCUCCCAGCCUAUCUAUAUGAGAGUGCCUUUCUUGGAGAUGUGUUUUCAAGGAUUACCAUUAGGUACAGAGCUGGCUGAUACUCUGCCCACCUCUCCUCGCCUCAUUAAAACACAUUUACCUGUGCAGCUUGUGCCCAAGUCCUUCUGGGAGCAGAACUCAAAGGUUGUGUAUGUAGCACGGAAUGCAAAAGACAAUGCAGUUUCAUAUUUUCAUUUUGAUCGAAUGAACAUGGGACAGCCUGAACCAGGAGACUGGAACACCUUCUUACAAAAAUUUAUGGAUGGAAGGAAUGUAUUUGGUCCUUGGUAUGAUCAUGUUAAUGGAUAUUGGAAGAAAAAACAGACAUAUUCUAACAUACUGUACAUGUUCUAUGAGGAUAUGGUUGAAGACACUGGACGUGAAGUGGCUCGUUUGUGCUCCUUCUUGGGAUUGUCCACUUCAGCCGCAGAGAGGGAGAGAAUAACAAAAGGGGUUCAGUUUGAUGCAAUGAAACAGAACAAGAUGACCAACUAUUCCACUCUCCCUGUCAUGGACUUCAAGAUCUCGCCCUUCAUGCGGAAAGGUAAAGUUGGAGACUGGAGAAAUCACUUCACUGUGGCACAAAAUGAACAGUUUGAUGAGGUCUACAAACAAAAGAUGAAGAACACCACUGUCAAGUUCCGCACUGAGAUUUAAAACUAGAGUUCUUGAUCUUUAACCAGAAUAAUCUAUAUAUAAAAAAAUAUUAUCAUCCACUGGCCUACUUAGAAAUCUGUUUACUUGCAUAUGUUAUUUUAUAAAGGAUCAUUUAAGAUCUUCUAAGAUAUGAGUUUUGAACAGGAUGAUCUGUUUGACCAACCCUUCCUGCAGCUAGUAAGAAUUGUUUUUUAUGUGAAUCAGAAACUCCAGAUUGAAAUUUUGUUGGUUGCCCAAAAAAAUUGUGAAAGAACACUAUUUAAAGCAGGGAUGUCAAACUCAAUUUCUGGAGGGCCACAGGCCUGCACAGUUUAGUUCCAACCCUGCUCCAACACACUUACCUGUAGUCACACUGGUCUUUUCCUCCCAUAGACUUCCAUUCAUACUCACAUGAAUGCGUCAGACCGGAAACGCAGGGUCAUGCGUCAAGUUUCACAGGUUGCUGCAUUGCAAAGUUCAAGCUUGGUGUACUUUGACCUGCGAAAUUGCAUCACUUGACUGCAUGAGAACAAUCGAGGAUCAAAACAUGAAAUCUCUAGAAAGAAAUUUAAAACAUGGAGCAAUCGCUAGUUUUUAAAUAUGUCUAAUAAGCUUGUUUAAUCCCGCCCUUUUUCACAGCGCCACACGACAGAAUAUCGCAUGCUCAAACUCUAAUGUGACCGCAGCUUUACCUGUAGGUUUCAUACAAGCCUGGAGGACUUACAGUAAUUAGUUAGAUCAGGUGUGUUUGAUUAGGGUUGGAACUAAACUGUGCAGGGCUGCGGCUCUCCAGGAAUUGAGUUUGACAUCCCUGCCAUGUGAUUUUUUUUCUGUUUUAUUGGUUCAAAUAAAGCUAUUGUUUUUAAAACAUA